ACUGAGCGUACGCCCUCUAUACAUGCUAGAACGUUACCAUGUUUUCUUCUGCAAGGAGGAAGGAGGAUCAUGUUUCAUCAAUCCGACACCGCAAGUUACGGGAUAAUAGCUUUGACGAAAAUGAUAUAAAAGAUCAGAAAGUAGCUAAAUCCCUAAAGAGUGCUGCCAUUAACCAAAAUACCGAGUUAGAGUCUGGUACUUACUGGUUAACCCGCAUUGUGUUCCUACGUUUCCAGGCCUUUAUUUACUUUGUUGCAUAUCUGGUUGCACUACAUCAAAACAAGGAACUCAUCGGCACUAAGGGCCUGUUGCCGGCGAAUCUGUACAUGAAACGGCUCAGUGACCAUGUGAAUGGCAACUUAUGGGAUGGCCUGAACUUCGGCCCAACCUUACUUUGGUUUACUGAAUGGAAGAAUGUUGACUAUUGGUUGGAUAGCAUUGCAUACGCCGGGUUGAUGUUGUCUGGGUUCAUCAUCCUCACAGGAUGCGCCAACAUGAUCAUGAUGGCUGGGUUGUGGAUUCUUUACCACUCGCUGGUGAAUGUUGGACAGCGAUGGUAUGGUUUUGGAUGGGAGUCUCAACUAUUAGAGUGUGGAUUUCUAGCAAUAUUUAUGUGCCCUUUAUUCUCGCUGCGUGAGAUCCCAAGACGGACACCCACGCCCUUGGUUACAUUGCUAGGAUUUCGUUGGCUUAUUUUUAGGAUCAUGAUUGGUGCGGGGUUGAUCAAGAUACGCGGUGAUCAGUGCUGGAGAGAUCUUACCUGUAUGAACUACCACUACGAAACGCAGCCAGUGCCUAAUCCUGUUAGCUACUACUUGCAUCAGUCUCCCGACUGGAUGCAUCAAUUCGAGACCGCUUCAAACCAUUUCAUUGAGCUGGGUGCUCCUUGGUUACUGAUCAUCCCGUGGAGACCAACAUUGAUGAUUGGGGGUACUAUUCAGGUGCUUUUCCAGGUCGUAUUGAUUCUAAGCGGCAACUUAAGCUUCUUAAAUUGGUUGACUAUACUACCAAGCAUCUGUUGCUUCGACGAUAAGUUCUUUGCUAAGUUUUUUUCAAAAGGUGUUAUAGCACAAGUAAAAGAGAUACAGGAAGAAAGCAGAUCAAAUAUACAGCAGCUUCAUCAAGGUCAAUACAUACGCAGUGUGAUGCACAUUGCCCUUGCUGCCUUAAUCACGUACCUUAGUAUACCAGUUGUUAAGAACCUCCUAUCACAACGCCAAGCAAUGAAUACAUCUUUUGACCCUCUGCGUAUCGUCAACACCUAUGGAGCAUUUGGGAGUGUAACCAAGGAAAGGACAGAGGUAAUAUUCCAAGGUACAUCUAGCACGAAUCCUACAGACCCCAAUGCGGAAUGGUUGGAGUAUGAGUUUAAAUGUAAACCCGGCAAUGUGACUCGAACACCGUGCCUUAUUUCACCGUAUCACUACCGACUCGACUGGCUCAUGUGGUUUGCUGCCUUUCAGAGUUAUCAACGGAAUAACUGGCUAGUGCACUUGGCUGGAAAACUGUUAGCAAAUGACGAGGCAACUGUUACACUUAUUGAGCACAACCCCUUCCGGGACAAGGACCCACCCGAAUAUAUAAGAGCGGAACAUUAUCGCUAUCGGUACACAAAAAUUGGGAGCAAAGAGGCCCAAAAUGGGGCAUGGUGGACCAGGACACGCAUUGGCAACUAUCUACCUCCAGUUUCGCUGGGGAGUUUGAAAGAAUACAUGACACAACAUGGAUGGGAUAUCCCACGAUUCAUGCGUAAGAAAUUUCGUGAGUACAAGAAAAACGAACAUAAACAAAAACAGUCUAAGCCUACUAUGUGAGAGAAGAAUGGGUUAUGAUAUAUGCAGGAUGAGGAGAAGAUGGAUAAAAACAUUCUUGAGACUUGGAAUUUGCAAUGAAAUAUACAUACAGUAAAUAUUUCAGGAACAUAGCUACAAAUACCUUCUUAUAACACACCUAAAUAGAUCCUUGUCAUUUGAUUGGUGGAUUUCAUAUCAUGUGACAUUGGUUAAUUUACUCCAUUUUGUCAUCAUUGAAACUUAGUUCCACUGUUUGUUUUGUUCCACCUGUACA